CAGAGACUUUCCCCGAUGCCGUCCUGCUCGCGCGUCGCCGUGAUCGGCGCGGGGGCGGCGGGCCUGGCGGCGGCGCGCGAGCUGCGGCGCGAGGGCCACGCGCCCGUCGUCUUCGAGCGCGCCGCGGCCGUGGGCGGCACCUGGCGCUACGCCGCCGCCGAGGACGCCGCCGACCCGCUCGGCGCCGGCGGCGCGCACUCGAGCCUCUACGCGUCCCUCCGCACCAACCUCCCCCGCGAGAGCAUGGGCUUCCUCGACUUCCCCUUCGUCGCGGGCCGCUCCUCAGCCGACCCGCGCAGGUUCCCCGGGCACCCGGAGGUGCUCCGGUACCUCGAGGCGUUCGCGCGGCGGUUCGACCUCCUCGGGCUGGUCCGGUUCGAGACGGAGGUCGUCAGCGUCCGCCGAAGCAGGGACGACGGCGCGGGCGCGGCGGGCUGGAGGGUCUCGUACCGCUCGAGGAGGCCCGACGGCGGCGGCGGCGAGCCGGAGGAGGAGGUGUUCGACGCCGUGGUCGUCUGCAACGGCCACUUCACCGAGCCACGCGUCGCCGCCAUCGCCGGCGUCCAUUGCUGGCCCGGGAAACAGAUGCACAGCCACAGCUACCGCGUGCCUGAUCCAUUUCGUGGCCAGGUUGUGAUGGUGAUAGGGUACCAACCGAGCGGCAUGGACAUCUCGAGGGACAUCGCCGGUGUGGCCAAAGAGGUCCACGUCGCCAUGCGAUCAGAACCUCCUUAUCAAAUGCACACUACUACUGCGACUGGCCAUGCCAACCUGUGGCUCCAUUCCUGCACGAUUGAGCGGGCGGAGGAAGACGGUAGCUUGGUGUUCCAAGACGGCAGCAAGAUCAAAGCUGAUGUCGUCCUGCACUGCACUGGAUACAAGUAUAACUUCCCGUUCCUAGGUGACAGCGACGACGAACUGGCCGGUGCAAUCUCCGUGGACGACAACCGCGUGGGCCCGCUGUACAAGCACGUAUUCCCGCCAAUGUUGGCUCCUCACGUCUCCUUCAUCGGAUUGCCCUUCAGGACGAUCCCUUUUCUAGUGUUUCAGCUCCAAAGCAAGUGGGUGGCCGGUGUUCUGUCGGGAAGACUCGAGCUCCCAUCACAAGAAGCCAUGAUGCGGGAUGUGGAUGCGUUCUACUCGGACAUGGAAGCUCGCGGAUGCGCCAAGAGACGCACUCAUGACCUGGGACAAGGCAAUCCGUUUGAGUAUGAGGACUGGGUGGCGGAGCAAUGCGGGCUGGGGAGGAUGGAAGGAUGGAGGAAGGGCAUGUUCGUUGCGACGUGUAAGAACCUGGCUGAUCGCCCGGACAGCUACCGGGAUGAAUGAGACGACGGCCACCUGUUGCCACAGGCGCAUCAGGAUUUCAGAAAGCAUUCCUACCUGACCGAUCAAUAUUGAAUAGCAGAUACUGGAUUGUUUGGCUUCGAGUCACUUGGUCGAUCUUGCCCAUUAUUUGUAUUGGCUGGCUAAUUGUUUCAGCAACUACUUCAGUUUCCAUAUGCAAAAUGUUGUAACCAGGUAUUAACCUUGUACAGUCCUGGCAGGCAGAAGGACCAAACAUCAAAGGAAACGGGAGUAUUCAUAACCCUA